UCCCUCCCGGCACCGCACAGACGUCUCGGGCGCCCGGGCCAAGCGCGCGGCGCGCGGGGGCAUGCGCUCCAUGAGGGCUCUGCAGAGCGCGCUAAGCCGGGCGCGCGGGCACGGCCGGCGGGGAGGCUGGGGUCACCCGAGCCGGAGCCCGCUCCUCGGCGGGGGCGUCCGGUGCCACCUCAGUGAGGCCGCGGCGCGGGGCCGGGAGACGCCGCGCAGCCACCAGCCGCAGCACCAGGAUCAUGAUUCAUCAGAGAGUGGCAUGCUAUCCCGCCUCGGUGAUUUGCUCUUCUACACGAUUGCCGAGGGACAGGAACGAAUCCCUAUCCACAAGUUCACUACCGACUGA